AAUUCUGAUUCUCAUCAACAGAGAUUAAUUUUUAGUUACAACAGGCAUAAGGAGAGGUACACAUAAACAAAUUUAAAAAAUGCCAGGAUCGUCAUGGACGGUGGUAAAAUUUAACGACGAAAAUUUAGUCGAAGCUGUACCAACUUCAUGGAUUUUUAACAAACAAUGUUACUGGCCACCUUUUCAGCGCGAUAAAGUGAUAACAGCAAUCCGAAAGAAUGAAGAGCCAAAUACACAUUGGCCUUCAUAUGAAGUGACAAUUUUUCGAAACAGCACUUAUGAUAAUUAUAUGACGGCAAGAGAGAAGUGCAGGAAAGCUGAGAACACAUCAGAUUUAAAUACCGAAAUUUCAGGUUGCGAAGAAAAGAAAAAAAGAAAAAUUUAUAGAAAAAGACAGUUUUCAUCUUCUUCAGAAGAUGAGGAAUAUAAUAACAGGUCCCUGCCAACGCCUCCUCUUUUAGAAGAUUGCGAAAUGAGAAGAGAUGAAAUUAAUAAAGACAUUGCGCAAACAUAUAACGUGAGAAAUAAGAUUGCAAAAAUAAAUUCUAAAGAGUCUUCUCAAUCUCUCAGUACAUCUUUGAGAAAGCUUGAUUAUGUGGAAGGUAAUCAGGUGGUUGCAGAGAAGAAUAAUAACAAUUUUGUUAACUCACAAUCAGACAUAGAAAAUAAUUCUUUAUUGAUAAAUUCUGUGGAAUGCACAUGUCAGUUGUGUCCAACACAUGCUCAGAUGCAAAAUAAAAAUGAGAUGUAUUUUAAAGAGAUAAUCCGCCAACAAAAUUAUUUUAAAGCUCAAUUGUGGCAAACGUCUGAGGACAUACGAGACAUUAAAAAUAUUGGGCUAAAUCAAACUCCUAAUAACAGUAUUCAAAGACAAGAAUCAAUUUUCGGUUCUUUCACGCUUCCAUUAGAAACAGCACAAGAUUUAGAAGAAGUCGAGCAAUUUUUAAAAAACCAGGAUAAUUUUAAAACAUCGGUUGCACAAGCAUCGCGUAUUGGGGGUAAACAUUCAUAUGAAUUUAUAAAACGAAACUUGAGCCAACUUCUAAGUAAUAAAUUGGCAGAAAGAUAUAGUUGGUUAGGAAAGAAACAAAAAGAAAAAUUUUAUGAAUUGAAAUUAGCAGAAAUGUUAAUUGCUGCGGGAGAAGAGUACAAUAAGACUUUUACAAGAAAGGAUCUAGAAGAAGCCACCAAAAAAUGGUUAAGAAGAGCAAAAGAAAGGUCUGAUGCAACUGAAAAAAAACUUGCAAACCAGAACACACUAAAUAAUUGUAACUAA